UUCCUUUGUUCUUCUUUGUUUCUCUGUGCUUCAUGUUUUUCUGAAGAAGGAACAAACUUUUUCUCUUUUAGUUUCUAUUUUGGGAAAGAAGAAGAAGAAGAAGGUUCUCUCUGUUGAUUGAAUUUGGAUAGAUAUAAAUAUAGUGGUGAUAAUGGAGAGAGAUUUCAUGGGUCUAAGCUCAAAGGAGCCACUUGUGGUCAAAGAAGAGAUCAACGAUGAUGGCUCCAAAGAUUCUGGCUUCACCAAGGGCUCUACUGCUCAGUGGCUUUUCUCAAGCAAAGUCUCUGCUGUUCCACACUUGAUGUCUUUUAAGGUUUCUCAAGAUGAGAAGCCUUUUGACUCCACUCUAAAGUUCCCUGCUCCUGAACUUCAGAAAUCUUUCAAUCACAAUGGACAAGGUGGCUUUCAUUUUUCCAUGACUCCGUAUCCUGUACAACAUGAUGUGAAUUCUGUGAAUCGUCCUCACGAUGUGAAGAUGUUUUCAGUUUCCAAUCAAGCAAUUUCAGUUUCUGUGGGGAAUCCAUACCUGAAGAAUCACUUUGCAUCGGCUGCUCAGAAUAUAGGCAGUGCUAAUGUGAAGCAGACAUUACUUGGGGGAAUACCAAUUACACCAACCAUCGGUGCUGUUGCUGAACGCAAUGUGAAAACAGCUCCACCUUCUGCACAACUUACAAUCUUCUAUGCGGGUACUGUUAAUGUCUUCCAAGAUAUCUCUGCUGAAAAGGCACAAGCUAUUAUGUUGUUGGCUGGCAAUGAGUUGGCACAGCCCAAGGUUCAGGCAGGUGGUUCAAAAUUGGGAGCCGGUGAUAGUGUGGCUGUUAAUACACCACCUAGCUCCGGUGUUCCAAGUCCUUUAUCCGUCUCAUCGCAUUCGGGUGCGCAGUCAGGGAGUGGCUCCACUAGUACUGAUGAAUUUCUGACUGCUAAAACGACCGGGGUUCCCACCGGUUCUGUUAGUAAGGUGGAGCCUCCAAAAGUAGUGAGCGCAACCACUAUGUUGACUUCAGCUGUGCCACAGGCUCGUAAAGCAUCGUUGGCUCGUUUUCUAGAGAAGCGCAAGGAGAGGGUGAUGAAUUCAGCACCAUAUAACCUGAACAAGAAGAGUGAGGAAUAUGGCACUGCAGAACACAAUGGUGCUACCAGCAUUGCUUCAAAUGCUCUACCACUACAAGUGAAGCAAGGAUAGCAUCAUAUAUUUUCUGUAACUUCAAAUGUUGUAGGAUGGACCACUAUUAAUACGUACGAUUGAUCCCAUUGGGAAUAAAUGCCCGUUUUAGAUUUUUA